UGGGGCUUUCAACUUCCCCCAACGGUCUCUCUCCUACACCUCUUUUGUCCGAACCCCACAAAAGAUCCCAGAUAUUUAUUUAGGUUUUAUUGAUUUCCUGUCCUAAAAUCAAGAACCCGAAAAUACCCGAAAAUGGGCACGCAAAUUCACGCCCGUUUGAAUCAUGUUUUCUUGCAGCAGCCCUCUUUGCCGCCGCUUUUUACAUUGUCUUCUCACAGUUCAAUCACUGGGAAAUGUGGGUUGAGGAAGUUGAACCGGGUUCCCGGAUCGUGGAAGGCAAACGGGCUGAGAAGAAAGGAGCUUUAUGUGAGAUCAUCAAGUAAUGCGGGCGUGACGUUUUGGGAGAAUUGGGUUCCUGAGAAAAGCUCGAAAUCUCCUUCCCUCAGUGAUGUUCUUUGGCCUUCUGCUGGUGCUUUUGCUGCAAUGGCUAUACUGGGUAAGAUUGAUCAAAUUUUGGCACCAAAAGGCAUUUCUAUGACAAUUGCACCGUUGGGAGCUGUUUGUGCCGUUCUCUUCGCCACGCCAACGACGCCCGGCGCUAGGAAGUACAACAUGUUUGUGGCGCAAAUUGGUUGUGCAGCAAUAGGUGUCUUGGCAUUCUCAAUAUUCGGGCCCGGAUGGCUAGCGAGGAGCACGGCCCUCGCUGCCGCCUUGGCGUUCAUGAUUUUCACCCGUGCCGUACAUCCACCAGCUGCCAGUUUACCAUUGCUGUUUAUCGAUGGAGUUAAGCUGCAUCAUUUGAAUUUUUGGUAUGCUUUCUUCCCUGGUGCUGCUGGAUGUAUUCUCCUCUGUCUCAUUCAAGAGAUGGUAUGUUAUUUGAAGGACAAUUUGAAAUUUUGAGUUGAUUGAAACAAUUCUUGGAAUAUGGCCCACAAACUGCAAUGGUGAAGGGAAGAUCACUGUGAAUUAAUCUGAGUUUGUAUUUACGCAGAAUGCUGUAAUUUUUAUUUUUUAAUCUCUGUAAAUAAAUAUUGCCAUCAUUUGUGCAUCAAGUUGUUGAUAAGUGUAAGUUUUGUAUCCAGAGUUGGCAAUGUUACAUAUGAAGAUCAGUGGAAAAUUUAGCUCCAAUCA